CUAUUAGGGUUUUUCCAUUUUUCUCUUUCUCUCUCUCACCAUGGGCUGCUCAUAGCACAAGACUUAAAUCAAGAAAAAGGAAAGAAAACAAGAAAGAAAAGAAACCCUAAUCACAUAUCGCCCCAUGGGAGGCUGCAUUUCUGCACCUGUAAAAGCUGGUCGCAUAAUAUCCAGGAGGUUGCAUUAUGACAACAGACCUAAACCCUUGCCAGAGAACAACUUGGUGUCGCCAAGGUCGACGAGUAUCCAAGUUGGGAACGUGCUCAAGAACCCUACAGGGAAUAACAUUAGAGAAAAAUACCAGAUUGGGAAGGAGUUAGGAAGAGGAGAAUUUGGGGUGACAUACAAAUGUUAUGAAAAAGAAACAUGGGAUGCCUAUGCGUGCAAGACUAUAUCGAAAGCGAAGCUGAAGACAGAAAUAGAUAUAGAAGAUGUGAGAAGAGAGGUUGAGAUCAUGAGGCAUUUGCCUAAGCAUCCAAAUAUUGUAAGCUUCAAAGAGGCUUAUGAGGAUAAAGACGCUGUUUAUCUUGUUAUGGAACUAUGCGAGGGAGGUGAACUCUUCGAUCGGAUUGUGACUAAAGGCCAUUACACUGAACGUGCUGCGGCAAUGGUUACCAAGACCAUUUUGGAAAUUGUCAAGGUAUGCCAUGACCAUGGAGUAAUACACCGUGACCUAAAACCUGAAAAUUUUCUGUUUGCAGAUGCUGGAGAAAACUCCCAAUUGAAGGCAAUUGAUUUCGGCCUCUCCAUAUUCUUCGAGCCUGAUCAUCGUUUCAGUGAAAUAGUUGGAAGCCCAUAUUACAUGGCUCCUGAGGUUCUAAGACGAAAUUACGGAGCCGAAGUUGAUGUGUGGAGCGCAGGUGUCAUCCUCUUUAUCUUGCUUUGUGGAGUUCCUCCCUUUUGGGCCGAAACUGAAGAGGGUAUUGCACAUGCCAUUGUUGGGGGCAAAAUAGAUUUUGCAAGGGAUCCUUGGCCUAGGGUUUCUGAACAAGCUAAGGAGCUAGUCAAGGGUAUGCUAGAUCAAAAUCCUUACAACCGAUUGACUGUUGAAGAAGUCCUUGAACACCCUUGGAUACAAAAUGCGAGGGAUGUCCCUAAUGUGAAUUUAGGAGAAAAUGUUAGAGCAAAGAUCAAGCAAUUUUCCUUGAUGAACAAGUUCAAGAAGAGAGUUCUUAGAGUGGUAGCAGACAACUUACCAGAUGAGCAAAUAGAUGGGAUCAAGCAGAUGUUCUAUACGAUGGACACUGACAAUACUGGAGACCUGACUUUUGAAGAACUCAAAAAUGGCCUCCACCACAUUGGACAGCCUCUUCCUGAUCCUGACGUCCGGAUGUUGAUGGAUGCAGCGGAUAUAGAUGGAAAUGGCACGCUCAGCAUUGAGGAGUUUGUGGCAAUGUCUAUCCAUCUGAUAAAGAUUGGGAAUGAUGAGCAUCUCUCACAAGCUUUUAGGUUCUUCGACAAAAACCAUAAUGGAUACAUCGAGUUUGAUGAAUUGAAAGAUGCAAUGGAACAUGACAACCUAGGUCCCAAUAAUGAACAGAUCAUCAAAGACAUCAUAUCCGACGCCGAUCUUGACCAAGAUGGUCGAAUCAGUUAUGAGGAAUUUAAGGCAAUGAUGAAAAGUGGGAUGGACUGGAAAAUGGCUUCACGUCAAUAUUCCAGAGCAAUGCUAAAUGCACUGAGCAUGAAAUUAAUCAAAGACAAAUCUAUACAGCUGAAAACAUAAUUUUUAUUUUCCUGAAAGGUAAUAGAUGCAACUUGCAAAUGGGUUGUCUUGUUUCCUCAGGAAACAGUGAAGAAAAUUAUUCAAACUAGAAUACACAAGCAAUUUGCGAUGCUUGCUUGGCUUUUGUAUACUAGGGUUUUUUGCAAAGUGUAAAAAGACCAUUUAAGGAGAGAGUUGCAAGUUUUGACU